AUGUUGACCAGCUGGACGCAGAAUUUGCUGUUCUUCAUAGAACGGAUAUCCGUCAAUCCUUACCUGGUCCAACGUCUUCGUCCCAGUACCGACCAUCGGUUCUUUGACGACAGUGUAGUGCGGGAUCUCGCAGCAGGCAAAACUCUGGCGCCCCUGCAUCGGGCUUGUCGGAGUGAAGUAGCCCGGCGCGUGUGGCUACCCGCGUCGGAGAGGCCUUCUGCUGCUGUUACCGCUGAACCGCCCAAUGGUGGUCUGGCUGCCUGGUCGGGCGUGUUUGCUUCGUUUCUUCUGUUCAUCACUACCUGGGGGUUUUCGACCACGUUGAGCGCGUUCCAGAGUUACUAUCAAUCCGAUCUCUUGAGCACGAGUUCCCCGUCUCGCAUUGCAUGGGUGGGCACCAUCCAAGCCUUCUUCCUCAUCUCCACGGGGGUCAUUACUGGACCCUUGUUCGACCGGGGAUACCUGCAUCAUCUGAUGAUCGCCGGUUGUUUCUUGACUACCCUAGGCUUGAUGCUGCUGAGCCUGUCCACUGAGUACUACCAAGUUUUCCUCUCGCAGGGUGUCUGUUAUGGCGUGGGUAGUGGUUUGAUUUAUGUGCCUGCCCUGUCGCUAGUUUCCACUCGUUUCACUACGCGAGGUGGCAUUGCCGUCGGCCUGGUGACGUCCGGGGCCAGUAUUGGUACUUUGGACUGA